AUGAGCUUCUGGCCGACUCUCUUCCUCCCGUGGCUGAGAAAGGGACGGAAGAAAGGAAAGAAGAAAAAAGAGGUUGCGCGGAUUCAAGAGGACACUUUUGGCCGGGCUACGGUCCGUAGUCUGGGGGGCUUCGGCCUGGGGAUGACCCUCUCCACAGCCUAUGGGGCCCUGGUCAUUUUUGGCCAAGGCUACAGUAUCUGGUACUGCCUGCUGUCCACCAUCACCCUGGCCCUGGCCCUCGGCCUCGGCAUGGCGUUCUCCUUCAAAGUCCGGGUGACCGUCCUGCUGAUGCUGCCUCAAUUUUUUUCGAAAGAGGGCAAGAUGGUCCUCAUACUGCUGGCGUUUGGAAUGGCUAUGGAAGGACCCUUUGCCAACAUCGUCCGGAAUUUCAACCGGAGCGCUGACACUGUCUCGUGUGGAGCCGAGCUGGCCCUCAACCAGACGGCGGAAAUGCUGCAGCGAGCUCGCGAACCUCUGAUCAAUGCCUUAAAGAAAAUCAAGGAUAUUGCCAGAAAAGCCAAAGUGGUUGGAGACCGUGUCCGAAAACUUUUCCGGUCUGUCAUGGAUGCGGUGCGGCACGUGGCUCACUGCAUGCGCAACGUUUGGUACUUCCUUCUUCACAUGGGUGAGGUGUGCAACGAGGAGAUGGGCAGGCCGUACCAGAAGUGUGCCCGCAUCUUUGACAACGCAAAGGACCAGUGUGAACGCGCCAUCCCUUUCCUCUCCUUCCUGUGCCACGUCGUCCUUCUCUUCAAGUACCUCUGCGGAUUGGCUAACAUCCUUCUGGUUUUCUGCAUCAUACCGGAGUACAUAGUGCCGUUUUUGCGUCGCAAGGUUGCAGAACCUGUUGUGGCCAUGCUCAAUCGGGUGCGAGCUGAGUUCGAAUUCAACAUCACCACCAUCCACCAGUACGAGGUGAACGUCAACGCCAGCAAGAAGCUGUCGCAGGUGGCUUUUGACAUCAUGGAGGAAGUGUCGGAGCGUCUGCAACCGGCGCGGGAAGCUGUGGGACUCUUUGGUUACAUGUCUACGCUGGUCAUGCUCUACAUGUACCUCGGGGCUCUCUUGUACCGAAAACAUUAUCUACACGAGGAUAGUUUUGACAACAUCUACAUCACCAAAUCCUUUCUGGAAAUGGAUGCCGUUCGGAGGAAAAACAAGCGCCCGUCCGUUCUGCCUUUAUCGCCGAAGGAAAGCGCCAAAUACAUCCGGCCAGCUUCCUUGGUGUUGCCGCGCAAGGAGCAGAUUGCCUACGCACUGGCCUUGGUCUCGAUCUGUCGCCAGUUUAUCCUGGUGAUUUUGCUGAUUGUGGCCGAUUUCUUUGUCUACUGGCUGUUCGACUUGGUGCGCUAUCAUCUGGUGGGCGAAAUCGUGGCUAGAGCUCCGGUGUCGACCACUAUCGGUGUGAACGGCUCCGGCUACACCAGUGAACUCUACCGCGACUUGGUCUCCGCCUUCGAUGUGCUUCAGGAGGGGAAUAUCAGCGUGGUGUCCCCAAAAUGCCGUCUGCUCCCAUCGGAGCCUGACUACGACGGUUACCUCGUGAUCGGUCUCAUGUACGGGAUCUGUUUAUUCAGCGCCAUCUUUGGCACGUACAUACAACGUAUGCGGCGAGUUCUCUGUGCGUGGUAUUACCCUUCUCGGGAACGGGAGCGGAUCUGCUACCUCUACAAUACGAUUUUGACUCGAAGGACCAAACUUAUGAGCGCCGUGCUUAAGGCUGUACGGCAAAAUUCUGCAGAUGAAGGCCACCAAAAUAUUUUACUCGUCUUUGCGUCGAAAUUCCGCCUUUGUCGGUGGCUGGUCAAGAAGUUGGGGGUCCAUGAAGCGUACUGCAUGGGCUGCGGGAAAAUCCAGAGAGGGGUUGACAGCGAGGAUUUUGUGACGUGCAUCACACCGGCGUGCCGAGGGAUCUACUGCCCUGAAUGCUACAGGAUCCUCAAUAACACCUGUUCCAUCUGUAUGGCCCCCCUCACGUACCAGGGUGACAUAGACGAGGAAAUAGACUCGAGUGACGAGGAGGCGAUGGUGCUCUGGACGAACGCGGUCCGUGCGCUGCGCGGCGUCCGGGAUGAGAAACGGCAGAAGCAGCGCCGGUUGCUGAAGACACGGAUCAUGCGGGCAGUGAAAGGAGAAGGCGGGUGCCGCGCGUUGCCUCCACAGCUGGCAAGGAAAAUCUUGGCGCAAUUGAAGGAGGAGGAGGAGGAGGAGGAGGAGGAGGAAGAGGAGGGUAAUGAGAGCGAGGAAGACUCAUCCUCCAGCUCAGACAAUGAGAGCAGUACGUCGAGUUCGGGCACAAGCCAUCUUGACUUCAGCUAUCAAAACGAGGCCGAGAUAAGCAGCGGCGAAGAAUUAGAAGAAGUCAAAACUGACCCCAAAUCUCACUCGGACGAAGUUGGAAAGAGAAUCCGAAAAAAAUGA